UGUCAUCAACAAUAUUAAAAAUUUUUUAAUUAAUUAUUUAACAGGAAUUUUUUUCUAAUUGUGUUAACGUUUAUUUAAUUGUUAGUUUUCUAAAUAUCCUGCUAAAAAUAACUGAAAAUCAAUAUGAAGUGGACGAUUGUAUCGGCAGUUGUAUUAGUUUUAACUACAAUUAAUACUAAUUGUUCAGUAUUAGGUACGGGAGGUUUGGGUGAAGGGGUAAAAGGAUUGGUUAAUGGUCUUAACUAUGGUCUAACAGGUCAACAACAACAACAACAACAACAACAACAACAACAGUCAAACGGUCUUCUUGGCGGUGGAUUGGGCAACGGUAUCAGUACUUUACUCGAUGGCGUCAAUUAUGGUCUAACUGGCAGAUCAGGAGUCUCUGCAGGUGGUGCUGGUGGCGCUGGCGGUCUAUUAGGAGGUGGAAGUGGAAGUGGUACUGGCCUACUGGGAGGCGGACUUGGUGGCUCUGUUAGCACUUUAUUAAACGGUGUUAAUUACGGAUUAACCGGUGGUAAUGGUGGAAAUGGGGGCUCUUCAGGUGGCUUAUUAGGUGGAGGUUUAGGACAAGGAGUUAGCACACUGCUUGAUGGUGUCAAUUAUGGUCUAACUGGCAAGUCAGGAAGCUCGGUAAAUGGUGGUGGUUAUGGUUCUGGAAAUGGCCUAUUAGGAGGUGGAAGUGGAAGUGGAAGUGGAAGUGGUACUGGCCUACUGGGAGGCGGACUUGGUGGCUCUGUUGGCACUUUAUUAAAUGGUGUUAAUUACGGAUUAACCGGUGGUAAUGGUGGGAAUGGGGGCUCUUCAAGUGGCUUAUUAGGUGGUGGUCUAGGACAAGGAGUCGGCACAUUGCUUGAUGGUGUCAAUUAUGGACUUACCGGUUCUAAUAAAUUCGGUAGUAGUGGUAGUGGUGGUGGCCUUAAUAACUGGUUCUCGACUGUACUUCCGGUUUUGAUAAGAGAAAGCUCUGGUAUAAUCAAUAGCGCAUCUAUUUAUUCGUCUUCUAAUGGAUUUAAUGGUGGAAUUUAUAACAAUCUUCAAAAUCAAUUAAUACAACAACAACAACAAGAGAUUAAUGAUAUAACAAAUCUUUGUUUUCAAAUAAAGACAGCCAUCAAUGCUCUACACCAACAACAACAACAACAAUUGUUAAAUAUUUAUAGAUCUUAUGCCGGAGGUGUAGGAACCGGUAUAAGUGGUUUUGGUGGUGGUGUAGGUAGCAGUCAACAAGUGCCUAAUUUUGGAUCAUCAGCUGGAUUAGGAUUUGGUAAUACUAUUGGUGGUGGUGUUGGAGGUGCAGCACAACUACAACAGCAGCAACAACAACAGCAGCAGCAGCAGCAGCAGCAACAACAACAACAACAACAACAACUACAGCAGCAGCAGCAGCAGCAACAACAAGGAGGUGGUGGUGGUGGUGUGGGUCAAUUGCAACAACAACAACAGCAAACAAAUGCCGGCCUUGGAGUUGGUGGUUUUGGGCUGGGAUUAGGUAGCAGUUCACAGCAGCAACAACAACAACAAGCGGGUAUCGGUGGCUUAGGGGCUAGUUCUCAACAACAACAACAAUCACAGCAAUCUCAGGCAGGUUUAGGAUUAGGUCCGUUGGGUGGAAUUGGAUUGGGAAGCUCUAGUCAACAAUUACAACAACAGGGAAGCAUAGCUGGUUUGGGCGGACAACAGCAACAACAACAACAAUCCCAGCAAUCACAUGCCGGCAUAGGAUUGGGACCUUUGGGUGGGGUUGGACUCGCAAGUUCUAGUCAACAAUUACAACAACAACAACAAGCAGGCAUUGCCGGUGUAGGCGGACAACAGCAGCAGCAACAACAACAACAGGCAGGAGUUGCUGGUGUGGGUGUAGUAGGACAACAACAACAACAACAACAAACUGCUUUAGGUGCCGGUGCUCAACAACAACAGCAACAACAACAACAGGCAGGCGUUGCUGGUGUGGGUGUAGUAGGACAACAACAACAACAACAACAAGCUGCUUUAGGUGUUGGUGCUCAACAACAGCAGCAACAACAACAACAAGCUGCUUUAGGUGCCGGUGCUAAUCAACAACAACAACAGCAACAGCAUCAAGCCGCUUUAGGUUCCGGUGUUCAACAGCAACAACAACAAGCUCAAGUAGGCACUGUUGGUGUAGGCGGACAGCAGCAACAACAACAACAGGCAGGCAUUGCUGGUGUGGGAGGGCUAGGACAACAACAACAACAGCAACAACAGGCUGCUUAUGGUGCCGGUGCUCAACAACAACAGCAACAAUUAUCAGCCCACGCAACAGCAAUAGCUGAGGCUUCAAUAAAUGUUGAACGACCACAACUACAACAAAUUCAAUCGGGUAUUAGUAGUUGCCUAAAGGGUACCAACAAAAAUGCUACAUCCAUGGUCACUACCAUUGCACCUGUACCUGAUUUUGUAAUAUUUGGACCGACAUCUACUACAACAACACCACCAAGUUUUGUUAUAUUCAAUAUACCACAACAACAACAACAACAACAACAACAACAACAGCAACAACGACAAUAAUAAUAAUAAUAAUCCCAAACCAACCAAAUUUUAAAAUAU